AUUGAAUAACUGCGGGAAUUUCAGUUGGUCUAGGUCGUUGAUCGAUUGCCUACUUUUCAAUAAUUGUGCAACAACCAGUAAACUUAUUCGGCCUCAUCCAAGCAGACAAGUGUGUAAGAUGUGUAUGCGGUCUAGUUAAAAGUAAGUCAGUGGGCAGUAUUUGUGUUGUUUAUAGAGUAUGGGGUGUUGAGUACCAACUCAUUGAAGUAUACCAAUUAUAAAAUAAAGUGGUGACUCUAAAGAAUAGCGGCCCAAACCGAAACGACGUUUUAACGCAAAAAUGACCUUGACAGGGACAACUUCGGCCAAUGAGAAGGCUCAAAAAGAAAGGCGCAUAAUUGUAAAAAACGGUUUAUAUAAAAGUAGUGCAAUCAUAAUAAACAGUUACAAAGGAUGGUGUUCGCGUAUAUGUUCCAGAAAACCUCCCAGUUUCUCAUGGGAGUCUUCAUAGUCAUAUGAAACCAGUUUUGGUACAUAAAUUCAUCCAGUUGAAAGUGAUUGCUGAAUCUACUCAAAGUUCGAUACAGAAACUUCUACAGUUAACAUCCGAGAUUCAUCCUGCUGUAAUUGUUUCUGCCAAUGUGGUUCACUCGAUUCUCCGAUAUGUUAUUUUCUUCAUUUCGACACAAACGGUUUAUAAAACCCACUGUCGUGCUGGUUUGUAGUUUUUCUUGGGUAACAGGGUCGGAUUACAAUAAUCUGCAUAAAGAAAAGUCGUCAUUAUUUUCAGAUGUUUCUCAUAAUACUGAGGUGGGUUCUGAAAUACAUUCUCUUUACUGGGCAUCAGAAACACUAUCACCAAAGGUUUAUGAAAUUUGCUUCCCUACAGUAUAAUGAUGAAGCUUAUAUGACUCCGAGAGACUUCGUGAAAUGUUUCUUAUCUCCAGCUGCAACCGUGCCUGUUCACCGAACCAAUUUGUCAUCUAGUGAUAUCAAAGAAAUACUGCAUAAGUCGUCAAAAGUUGAUUUUAGUUAUGGUUUUCUUCGAGAACUAGGUCCUAAUGGUGUAAUAUCAUACAGUGACUAUCUUUUUCUUAUAUCAGUUCUUACGCAUCCUCAAAGUGGAUUAGAAAUAGCUUUUCGCAUGUUUGACUUGGAUUCAGAUGGGAGUGUUGAUCUUGAUGAAUUUAAAAAGAUAACCAAAAUUAUUCCUAAAUUCUACAUGGGUGAUCAUCAAUGUCAAAAUGUUUCAACAAAUGUUGACGAUACAACUUUACUGCAUCUGUUUUUUGGCAAGUCGGGUAAAAGAAAGCUGCAUCGGGAUGAAUUUUACAAGUUUAUCUCAGGUCUUCAAUCUGAACUUUUACAUUAUGAGUUUGAACAACUCAAUUUGAACCAAGGUGUUAUGUCUCCAGUCGACCUAGGUCGUUCACUCUUGCGAUAUUCAAACAUUAGCGCCGAUAAUGCUCAAAAAGGUUUGUUAAAGAUACAAGCGGAUCGUGAAUUAAUGCAAAAGGAAGUUUCGUUUGACGAUUACAAAGCCUUGUUCGAUUUCUUAUUCGUUCUGGAUGAUUUCACCUGUGCGAUACGAAUGUUUUUGAUUUCAAAGCAUUCCAUUUCUAAGGAUGAGUUUCAGAGAGCAGCACAUGCCGUUACUGGGAUGUAUCUCAGCCCAGUUGUACUGGAUACAAUUUUCACUCUGUUUGAUAUUGAUGGUGAUGGUCACUUAAGCGUAUCUGAAUUUAUUGAAACUAUUCGGGCGCGUGGACUUCGUGGAUUAAAUAUCAAUGAUUCUGUACCUUCGCGUGUAGAUUCUUUUAAACAGUGCAUACGGAAGUUCAGUUAUUCACAGUAACCUAGCCUAUACGUUCUAAUAAGCUUCGCCCAAUGGUGUACUGCUUCAUUUCAAUUUAUCAGUAAUAUAGAUUUUAUAUCAGUUGUCCACUUGAAAUUACAACUUCUGCUUCAUUUUAUCGCCCGAUAAACAGUACAUUUUAUUUAAAACAAAUACUCUCAGUGACUGUCUUCUAUUCUGUUUUAUGCUUUUUUUUAAAAAUUAAAUAAAACUUUGAUUUCUUUUUCCUUUUU